CAAAGCUACGAUGGUUCGAGUUGAUCAAUUUUGGCAAGACCAUAGAAGAUAUAUUUGUGAUAUAAAUUCGCUGGAGAAUAUUGUCAUCUCCAACAAUGUAGUCGGUUCGAGCGAUCGGCUUAGGAAGGUUCUAAAUGAUACGUACAUGGAACUGCUUCACAAGUUCGAAGACUGCUUUCCUAAAAUAAUCACAGCUGCUCAAUUCUUACAUUGGAGUUUAAUCAGGACAAAAAUUGCAACAAACCACUUGGAGAUGGGAAAUACAUUAAUUGGUAAAGUUGUUGUUGGUUAACAUAUAAAUUUAAGCCAAUGAAAUCGUACAUCCUUGCGUGAAUAGUAAAAUAACUUGUAUAACAGUCGAUUCCCUCAUCCGAAAGCUGGUGGUCAAGGGUAAAUUUAUCUGACCUAUGAUCGUGUACAGAUUCAUUUGAAAUAAAAUUUAUCACAUCUGCCGAAACAGUACUUUUUGACACGGUUGCUGGUGUCUUACUGAUAUUAUUCAAUGUACUUGCUGUCAUAAACGUCAGAAAUAUCGAAAAUAAACAGUCUCCGUCAAGUUUUAAUGAUUCUAUGCACUGGCUAACUUGCGCUCAAAGAGUUUACGAGUUUUACAGUCACCAUAAUCCAUCGAGUAUCGGUCCUGAAUUUUGGGAUACAUUAUUGUAUUCAGGACCGAAUAAGGUAAAUGAAUUCUAUGAGGUUAAAGAUCUCAGUAAACAAAAUCUGUCGGUAUGCCGUUUAAAGUUCGAGAAUGAGUACACAAAAACCAUAUUUUUGAUUGCACAGGUGCACCAGUUGAUCGGGAGCCAGGCUCAAUCAGCUAAUUAUUGUCAACUGACUUUGUUACGUCAAUUGACAUUCGGCAAAUCUUUUGAAGAAGCUAUAUAUAGCAAUUAUUGUUUACAAAAUAACAUAAUUCGUAUCAAGUCAGCCUAUUCACUUGAAGAUUUAUGGGAAAGAAAAUUUUUUAAACGAAAUUUAAAAAAGAUUCAUCCUUGUCACCGUUCCCAGGUCUUUGAUCCUAUAGAAUGGGCUACAAAUGCUGUUGCUUUAAGUAACUAUUUUUCAUCCAUUGAAAACCAGAACAACUGCUUUUACAAAACAUUCGAGUGUUUACUAUCAGCUGUUCAUGUUGUGGAAGAAGCUAGAUUUGACGGCAGUAUUCCAUCCAGUCAAGCAGACCAUACUCUAGCAAACAUUUAUUGCGAUCUAGUAAAGACGGGCCUUGUUCUACUUGAGAAAGGCACUAAACAAUAUGAGAAUUUAUCUAAUGAAAAUGUAAAAAGUGAAGAUGCGGAGUUUAAGAAAUCUCAAGAAUUAAAUAGUGUAACUAAAUUUGGAUCAAUGUUCAAUUUGAAGCUACAAUCAUUAGUUGUUAAAUUAUUAGAUUAUAAUGUUGACAUGAGAAAUCCUGUUUCACAUACAGUUUCACAGAAUAGCGAUUUAGUCGAUGAUAUAGUCAAACCGCCUAUAAAUUAUAAAACCGCCUCUGGAAUAUUUCGCAUGAUACUACAUUGUAUAAUGAAAGCUGAAAACUUUUAUACACUACAAAAUCAUUGUUCGGAUGCAGUUGCUUUGAUUCAAGAUAAAAGUAAAGCUUAUCGAUUGAUGGCUAUUUUUGAAAAGAACAUUAAUAGACAGUGUUGUAUGCAUAAACGACGAAUAGACAUGUUAACUAAUGUCUUGGAACAAUUGAAUUCAAAUCAUUAUUUACAUACAUGUCGUCAGUUAACAUUCGAACUAGCAGAAGCUUUGGGUACUUUACGAGAUUUGAAAAAGAAACUAUUGGAUGAGGUUUCAGUUAAAGGAGGUCAAGAUUCAGUACAUUAUGCUCGCAAGUCAAAUGAUCUUACAAAACGUACAAUAUCUGUUUAUCAAAAUUUCCUAAAAUUAUAUGGAGUUAACUCUGGAACAGCAACAAUAAAUUUCAGUGACGAUGAUAUAAAACCACUGAUCGUGACCUAUCUUUAUACAGCUCGACUCUAUUCUCAGCUUAUUUCGACUGGUACUACGGAGAAAAUUCAAAACGUAUCAAAGGCUUUGGACUUUUACUUACAACUGGUCACUCUUGCUGAAAACCAUAUAAAACGUUUUCCCAAGUCGGCGAUAAAAGAUUGUGAAGAACUAAAAAUAGCUAAGGAAAUGGUUGCCUUAUUGCCCCUUAAACUUAGUCGACUCUCUCAAGGAGAACUGCUAUCUGAUUGACCAAAAUCAAGCCAAUAACUUUCCUCCAUUUAAUGUAAAUAAUUUCUUUAUUGACUUUUGUUUAUGCUUACGCCUGUGAAAUAAAU